AUGGUAUUUUAUGUACUGUUUUCAGAGUGGAAGACUUAUGUUUGCACUGGAAAAUUAGGGGAAACAACUUAUCUUGAGAGAUAUGUAGCUCUUUUCAAUGGCUUAUCACGUUGGGUACAAGCAAUGGUUUUGAACUGUGUUACACCCCAGGAGAGAGCUUCCUGUAUCGAAAAGUUUCAGCAAACAGCCAAACAUUUGAAGGAACUCCAGAAUUUUAAUGGUUUAAUGGCAGUGGCUGGAGGACUGACAAACUCAGUGUUGUCACGCUUACGACAAACUCAGGAGCUACUCUCAGAAGAUUGUCGCGAGGUACUAAUUCUUCCACCCAGACCCAUUAACCGAUUAAUGCACACGCUCACACUUGAGAAAAAUAGCGUGCAAAUUUGGUUGCAAUUGGAUGUUUUUUUCUUGGUGUUUCCCAAAAUGCAAUGUAAAAAACAUCUUGAAUUAUUUAAUACUAAUACUUCUACAGGCAUUCAGUUAAAAGAUCUUAUUGCCUUGCACACUGCACUCCCUGACACCGUGGAUGGACAUCUCCUUAAUGUACAGAAGAUGAUUCGUUUAUCAAAUAUCAUGUCACGACUACUGCAGGUGCAAACCUCACUUCCAGCUUUGCAGCCAAAUUUGGAACUCAUCAAAAUGUUACGGGUCUCACUACAACCCAGACUCACAGACGAAGAGCUGUAUGAAUUAUCUCUUGCAAGGGAACCAAGAAUGCACAGUCAUUCUGUAAGAAAACUAGUGAUGCAAUAUUCAUUCCAUUACAUCUUGAAGUUUUAUGAUGAUUAUUUUGGUAUUUACGCUGUGUUCAAAGUUUAUGACACAAACAAAGAUGGUUCAAUAUCAACAGAAGAGUUUGAUGCAAUUGCUACUAAUUUUCCAUUUAUUGAUUCAUUUGGAGUUCUCGAUGUUAACCGUGAUGGAGUUAUCAGUCGUGAAGAGAUGAAGAAUUACUUUAUGAAAGCGCACUGUCACGAGUUGAGUAAAGGCUUUUCGCACACCUUUCAAGAAACAACGUACUUCACACCAACCUUUUGUGACCAUUGUGCAGGCAUGGUAAGGAACGCAUUUAUAAUUAAACUGUACAGAGCAUAUUCACUCACGUGUCCAGCAGCCAUGCAAAUUUAUUGGAACGAACGAAAGUCUUUACAUGUACAUAAGAAAAGAGUUGAAAUUCCACAGGCAAAUGAAGCAAUCCUGGCGGAGAAUGUUCGUCUUCACAGGGACUUACAAGACGCCACACACAAGUUAGGCUUGUUGCAAAAUCAUCUGAAUUCUCUGAGACAAAACACUGUUACUUUUAUCUUGGAGCAGAUGGACGCUUUACAGAUGCAGAAGGAUACGGAGGUAUAGGACGUGCUGGAAAAGGGAAAAUCCUUGUUUUAAACGUCCUGCGACGUAUUCGGAAAUAAUCUUUUGUACUGUAGUAUUGUAAAUCACCAGAAAACGUGUGAUGUUUUCAUUUACAAACAUUACUAAACAUUUCACAAAUUCAAGCUAAAAUGUAACAUGGGCAAGACAUCUCACUGUAAUUUUCUACUUAUUAUUUUAACUAGGACAGUUAUCAUGAUGUCUUCUCAACAAUAGUUCA